AUGGAUAUCACUGAGCUUUCUUUCGGGAUCGCAAUAGUGCUGCAAUUCAGCAUUGGUGUUUCAGUGAAUGUUUUCGUCUUCCUGUUUUAUGCCCAGAUAAUCUCCACCAGCUACAAAGCCAGUUUUUCUGACUUGAUCCUUGCCCAUCUGGCCUUUGCCAACACCACUGUCCUCCUCACAAGGGGAAUACCAGACAUUUUGUCAGUUUGGGGACUGAGAAAUUUCCUGGAUGCUGCUGGAUGUAAAGUGGUCUUUUAUGUUUUCCGAGUGGCCCGGGGUCUUUCCAUCUGCACCACCUGCCUCCUGAGCGUCUUCCAGGCCGUCACCAUCAGCCCCGGCACCUCCUGGUGGGCAGGAAUCAAAACUAAAUUACCCAAGUACAUCAUGCCCUCCCUUGUCAUAUUCUGGAUUCUCAAUAUGCUGACUGAUUUGAAUAUGCUGAUAUUGGUGACAGGCCCUCAGAAUAGUGGUAAUGCUCACACCCACCAGGACAUGAAAUUUUGCUCUAUGGUCAAUUCCAGUGCACAAACUUCCUUGAUAUUUUCCAUUGUGCUGUCCCUGCGAGAUCUGUUCUUCGUGGGGCUCAUGAGCGUGGCCAGCAGCUACAUGGUGUUUGUCCUGCACAGACACCACCGGCGGGUCCGACACCUCCACGGUCCUGGCCGCUCCCCCAGGGUGAUGCCCGAGGUCCAGGCGGCCAAGAGGGUCAUUGCUCUGGUCGCCCUCUACAUCAUCCUCUAUGGGCGGCAGACAGUCAUGCUGAACAUUAUACUAAAUAGGAAAGAGAAGUCUCCUCUGCUGGUGGACAGCCACCGGGUGCUGUCAUUCACCUUCUCAGCCAUCAGUCCAUUCCUGAUGAUCUACAAUGACAGGAGGAUGAGAACGUUCUGGAAAAGAGACUCUCUUGUUUAAGCAGGAACUCUCUUAAGGACCCAGGAAGCAAUCACAUUUUUAUUGCAUU